AUGGAUAUCGAUGAUGAUGUCAUCACAAAUCAUCCAUCGGAGCUUGUCUCCGUAGAUAUAUCCAAUGGGAAGAAGGUGAUAAUAAACAGGCCAAAUAAACUAAAUUGCCUUAACUACCAAGUUAUUGUUCAAUUGUUAAAGAUGUUUGAAGUGUAUGAAAAUGAUCCAACAAUCAAGUUCUUGAUGUUAAAGGGAAAUGGAAGAGCAUUUUGCUCUGGUGGGGAUAUUACAUCUCUUAUGAUGCUCACAAGUGCAGGGCAUUGGAGUUUUGGUGCUAACUUCUUUCGGAAACAAUACACUCUAGACUACUUACUUGGGACAUACAAGAAACCAUUGAUUGCACUUCUAGAUGGAAUCGUGAUGGGAGGCGGAGCUGGAUUAUCAAUGAAUGCAACAUUUAGAAUCGUGACAGAAAACACAAUAUUCGCAAUGCCUGAAGCAUCAAUAGGGUCUGUUCCAGAUGUUGGUUCAUCUAAUUUCCUAUCACGACUUCCAGGUCAUUUUGGUGAAUAUGUAGCACUCACUGGGGUACGAUUGAAUGGGAUUGAAAUGGUUAAGUGUGGUCUUGCAACACAUUUUAUACUUUCAAAGAAUUUAUCUUCACUCGAAAAUGCACUUAGCAUGAUGACUUCAUCUAAUGCCGGAAGUCUAACAAAAAUUUCAGAGAUUAUUAAGAACUUUGAACUUGGAAGAAGCAAUAAACUAGAAAAGACAAAUUCCAGGCUGGAAAUGAUCAAUGAAUGUUUCUCAAGAGAGGAUGUAGAAAAUAUAUUAUCAUCAUUGGAGAAUUUGGCCGCAUGCAAGCAUGAAAAGUGGAUUAUUGAUGCUAUAAAAUCGAUCAAACAUGCUUCUCCAUUAUGCUUAAAACUUGCAUUAAAACUGAUUAGAGAAGGCCGACAUAAAAAACUUGAACAAUGCCUUGCUUGUGAACAUCUUGUUGUUAGUCAUCUUCUACGAAGAACCGUGAAUGAUGAUUUUUACGAGGGACCUAGAGCAAUGAUAAUUGAUAAAGAUAAGAAGCCACAGAUUAUCUUAUAUCUCACGACAUGA